AUGGAGACUCUGGCUAUCACCAAAGUCCUUAGGGACGCGCCCACAGGGCCUCCGAGCCAUUGGCUGGACAGCACGCCGACGGGAUUCCGAAAUCCGUGGCCUUCAUUCCGCCAGACAUUCUCGGUGACGCAGAUGCUGCGUCUGCGCUUUGGACCGGGCCGCAACUUUGUGCCUGUGCCCGAGAACCGCGAGGGACUUGUUCCUAUACAGACACCCAACUGGGGUGCGCAUGCUCAGCCGAGCCAAAUAAAGGCCACCUGGAUCGGCCACUCGUCGUUUCUGAUCGAGAUGCCGUUGCGGGUGCACGAGAGGCGAGAGGAUGGUACUGAAGCGACCAUACAACGACAGUACGGCCUUCGUUUCUUGAUGGACCCCGUCUUCUGCGAACGCAUGGGUCCCGCCCAGCUUGUCGGCCCCAGACGCUUCUCGCCCACGCCCUGCACGCUCGACGAGCUGCCCCUCGUCGACGCCCUCUGCAUCAGCCACAGCCACUACGACCACCUCGACAUUGACACCGUCAAGCAGCUGUACGCCGACAAGUCGCAGAAGCGAACGGCCAACGGCCUGGCACCGCUCCAAAUCUUCUGCGGGCUCAACAGCAGGCCGUGGUUUGUCGCCAACUGCGGCGUACAGCCCGAACACGUCACCGAGAUGGACUGGUGGGAUGAGGUCGAUCUGACAGUCGCAGGCACGACGGUACGCCUGGCCUGCACACCGAGCCAGCACGGCAGUCGGCGAGGGGUCGGCGACCAGGACCACAUGCUCUGGUGCUCCUUUGUUUUGUCGGAGCAGGAGUCCAAGCAGGAGUCCAAGAGGACCGUGUACUUUGCCGGCGACACGGGCUACCGGAGCGUCACGGACGACGACGUAGCCGCCAGCACGUCCGUCGACGACCUGCCACACUGUCCCGCCUUUGCCGAGAUUGGCGCCAAGUACGGCCCCUUCUCUCUCGCCCUGCUGCCCAUUGGCUGCUACACACCACGCACGAAGCUGUCGCCUGUGCACUGCUCGCCCGAGGACGCCGUGGCUGUCCACUUUGACGUUCGGAGCCAGCUCAGCGUGGGCAUGCAUUACGGCACCGUUCGCGGCGGCCUCAGUGCGCAGUACGAGGAUGUACGAGAGCCGCCUCAGCUGUGGCGCAAGGCUGGCGAGGCGCGCGGGUUGGUAUGGGACAAAGACUUUCGAUUGUGCGAUAUUGGUGAGACUGUGGUGGUAUGA